GUCGGGGACAGCGGCUUCCUGUACUCCACCCCUCCGUGUCCCUGCCUCGGUUCUCGGUCUCCGGGAUGAGGAGGUGUCCUGAGGCUGGAUCCUGCUGCCUUCACGGCUCCCUCGCAGAAUCUGCUGCUCGCUCGUUUGUCUCGUGUUGCUCUGGAACUCUGGCUGCUGCGUGUUGAACAUUUAGACCCAAAGCACCGAGGGGUUGGAGGAUUUGCUGGAUUUACUUUGAAUUGAACCCGUUUGAAUCAGAUCAGCUGUAAACCCUGGUGUGAUGCAUUCGCUGGGUCAGGAGAUCCAGGGCUUCUCCAAAAAUCGUCUGAGGAAACAGUGCACGUGUGUUACCACGGUGACCGGUAGGAAGCUGCUGGAGACGAGGAGCGACGGUGGCGAGGGAGAGGUGGAGCGGGUGGAGGAGCUGGAGGAGGGAAGUGGAUUUGGAUUUGUAGAAGAUAAAAGUCUGGACCUUCAAGUUGGUGUUGUCAGAUCCUUCCUGCUGCUGGGCUCUCAGGAUGCAGCCCACGACUCGGACACCCUGCAGAGAUAUAAGGUGUCACAUGUGCUCAACGUGGCCUACGGAGUAAACAACCUGUUCCCAGAUCAGCUGGUGUACAAGACACUCCAGAUCCUGGACCUCCCAGAAACCGAUAUCACUUCUUAUCUCGAGGAAUGCAGCUCCUUCAUAGACCAGGCUCGAGAACAGGGUGGCGUCGCGCUGGUCCACUGUAACGCCGGCGUGUCACGCUCCUCCUCCGUUGUGAUUGGCUACCUGAUGUUGCGGGAGGGGCUGGUGUUCGAUGAUGCGUUCAGGCAGGUGAAGCUGGCGAGGCCAUCGAUUCGUCCAAACCCCGGAUUCUUCCAGCAGCUACAGAGCUACAAACCGGAGAGUGCGUAACACAACAAUGGACUUAAAGGACUCGUGUUUUUUUACCAUCACUUAUUUCAGUUAGUUUCAUUGUUGUGGAGAUCGUGAUUUGGUGUUGUUAUGUUGAUGGAUGUUCUCAUCAGACUAAAGAGAAACAUAAAUUGUCUUUAUUUCUAUUUGCCGAAUGCCCAGUGUGUGUUUCUUCUCUAAAGUUAACAUCUAAACUGAAUUGUAAUUAGUUUUGUUAACUUUGGAGACACGUAUUUUCUCAGUUUUAUAAUUAAAAGACGAAACCAGG